CCAAAUAAUAUCACAAAAAAUGGUCGAUAUACAAGUUUCCGGCGUAGAAACCCCCUAUAUUUCCCGUCUUAAUGAAAUCAAUUUUAAAACCCAGGACAAGUUUAAGCUGGAAUAGUACAUGUAGUGUAAUUAAUUAACUAAAUUUACAAAUAAUGUUUAAAUAAGAAAUAGGGUGACAAUAUUUAACACUUAAAUACAUGUUCUAUCAUUAAUAAAAGCAAUUCAAUUUUUAUGACUACUUUCGUUUUCGGUUAUAUGAUUUGUAACACUAAAGUAGAAAUUCACUAUCACUAAAGUUAAUUGAAAAACAAAUAGCCAUGUACAUAAUGUAACAGCUGUAAAAUAAAAUACGAACUCAUAUAUGUAUUAUAAAAGAUUUGGAAUUAAAUAGGAUAUUGUCAAAGAAGGUUUUAACAUUAUUUUGGAAUACUUAUUGGGCAUUGCAGUCAGGCUCGGCGCUUAAAACUGUGUAUUUGGGAUUCCGUUGCCAUGAUAUAAAGAGUACAAAGGGCGUUCGUUGGGCAAAAUCUGACAGACAGUCUGACGAAUGGACGGCCGCGAGACACAAGAAAAAUAAUAAGAAAAAAAUACUUUUUUCUUUCUUUUUAUUUCACGAAAAAAAAGAAAGAAAAAAAUUGAAAAAAGGAAGAAAAAAAGAAAUAAUGAGAGGAAAACAGCAGGCUGCUUUCGUAAAUUAGAGAACCAUAUUCAUUUUGAGGACAUAAGAAAUAACAGAUCCUUCAACAUUUAAGGAAUUAAAUUGACUAGAAAUACAGUGUAUCAACUCGGUUUGCAACUUCUGCACGACUUCCUCAAACACAGAAUUAGCGAAAAAUUAUAAUUGGACACACUGGGACAAGCUGAAUUAUCGAAUAUGAUAAACACCGUACUUGAGAGAAUAGAGAGGUUCGAGUCAUACAUGGGGUUCGAGAUGUCUCCAGAGCUUGAUUUAUCCUCGGAGUUAGAGACCAGUAUAUUACCUGUAACCGCAUAUGAACACAGUGAAUCAGACGACACGAGCGUUCAAGUCGACACAGAGGAAGAUACUAGCGACGAUUCUGACGAUUAUAAAGACAACGUAGAAUCGCCUGAUGGUGUGAAGAUAACAUAUCAUACAGACCCAAUCCACAUUCGGCAAACGCUGAAAGAUAAAAUCCGCAUUCGUCGAGAGUCAGAAGGGUGUGGAGAACUUACAAAUCUGUUUGAGCCACCAGUACAGUACAAGCUUACUGAAGAAGAAGAAUUGAAGAACGAACAAAGGAAGCAGCGAAACAGACGUUCAGCAAACAAGAGCCGUCUGAAAAGGAUCGCAUAUGAACAGAAACUUGAAAAGGAUGCUAGUCACCUAGAGGAGGAGCAUGCAAAAUUAACAAAAGAAAUAGAUGAGUUGAAAAAAAGGAAAUUGUUAUACCAUAUGAUAUAUAGGCAACACGUGCCAACAUGUUUGAAAAUUCCUGAUGCGUUAAAACAGCUCUUAAAUCUACGAAAAACGAUACCAGUCGCCGAUAGUUUACCCGCUAUACAAGCAAAGGGUGUGCAAAAUGAAAUUGUUGGUCCAAAUACAAAUCCAAUGCUUACACCGCACCGAGAUUCAAAACCCCCUGAGUACUCCAACCUUCACUUUCCCAUGAAAAGAGAAAACUUAGACGGACUAUCUGUUCGUCCAUCCAAUGUUCAGAAGUUGUGCAAUCCUUCACUACAAUCAAACUUGAACAUUCAGUUAGGCGAAGAUUCCAUGCAGACAUGCAUGAAUGGUGGUUUUGAUGACAGUAUGUACAAGCUCGCUGCUGCCGUCUGUCAGACUAAAGCCUCCGAUAUUGGUGCCAUCACGACAAGAAUCGGAAGUCAAGACAACACACAAUGCGAAAUACCAUCAAUCAAUUGUACAACCAUUCAAUCACAUUUCAGUGGAGCAAUCCAUAACCAUACACCUCCUCCUGUAUAUAGCUCAGUAGUCUCUAACGCUGAUAACAUGGUGACAAAAGAUGUUUAUUCGAAGACCAAUGGUACAGAGGAACAGAGGAUAAAUCAGAUUAAAGAGCAUCUUCUGGACGGGUUUCAAAUGACAUCUGAUAGAUAGCACCACACGUCUUCUAUUCAUUUCCAUCGAUCAGACUGUUUAAUGCACAUUUGUAUAUAUAUUUCAUCACCAUGUAUUUAAAUACCUCUGUGAUAUGAAUAAACGUUACACUGAUAAUUUUGUUUUCAGAAGAUUAUGAAUGAAUAUAUUUGAGUGGUAUGCCAAUAUGUAAAUCAUACAAAGAUGUGCUUUUAUAGUUUAGUAAAGUACAAGUUCUAGUAAUUAGCUUACUUUAGUAUAUCUUGCGAGUUGCGACAAAAAAAUCAAUUUUGUUUGGAAUGGUCGAAGGUAUUGGACAUAUAGACCAUAUUGAACAUAUUUCGUACUUAGUUAAUCUGAAUGAUAAAUGUUUUGCUAAACUGUUUUGAGUACCGACACCAAGACUUUAUGCCAUGCGUUCAUGCAUGUACAUCAAUACGGGGAUUUUGAUCUUCUGUCAAUGCCCAACUUCGGUUACAUCGAUUAACUAUAAUGUGUCUUAUAUAACUUAUAUUAUGCCUACAUUUACAUUACAGUUUGGGAUUGACAUUUGAGUUCAUAGUAACUUAUACAAGGAUCUUUUUUGUUGAGUACAUUUUACUUGUACUGUUCUUGUUUCUUGUGUAAAAUCAAAAUUACCCAUGUUUUGGUUUUGAAGCAGCAACACCUUCGGUGAGGUGUCUUUAAUGUCUAUGCAUAAUAAAAGAUUUUUUGUGUGUAUAUACUGUGUUUAACAUAAACUUUUCAAGGGUUGAAAAAAUAAACAUGCAAAAUAAA